AUGGUUGCUAGACAUUCGAUGAAACGAAUUCGAACGGAGGAAUUGAAUUGCGAGUAUGUUUUGCCAUCGAAAAACGAACAUAUGACAGCUGCCGAAAAAAGUGAAUCGAACGCUGUUGUCCGAUCGUGCGAUCCGAGUAAGGAUAAUUGUGGUCAAACGAAUUGCUAUAUUGUACAAGGUGGUUAUAGUCCACAAGUGAUGCAAGUUCCACCUUCGAACGUUUGUUGCAUGUAUCGAUACUGCCUAUACUAA